AUUAUUCGAUUAUUUACCUUCUUAGACUGGGGUUUCAGUGCUUAGGUCUCGUGAAGCAAAUUUUCGCAUAUUUAGAGCGCUUUGGCGUUUCUCGCGCACGCACGCACGCACUCAGGCAAUUUCGUACUUGCUCGGUCCUCCCACCCGCCAGCCUUCAAAUCAUCUGCGCCGCGCCGUGUUUCCUGUUAGCAUACCUCCUCUCGCAGGCAGCAAAGGUAAACGUACGCACCCUCCUCCGCUUGCUCGUCUCUGAAUUUUCCUCCAGCUUGGCAGCUGUUGCCGUCGCGAAAUGGACAACUCCAGCGAGCCCAGAUUAUCAAAACUUGGGCUCCGAAAGGCGCUGGGCCGAAGUGACCACACGGCCGUUGUGAAUGGCAACAAUCUUUAUGUGUGGGGAGGAUGUCAGACAGUCGGCGGAGAAGAAGUAACUUUGCCCAGUGAUGAGAUGUGGGUCUACGACAUGGAAAGUGGCCUCUGGGCCCUGAGGGAAAUGAAGGGAGAUGUUCCACCUCUCCUGUCUCAGACAUGUAGCUCCCAUCUCCAGGGCUGUCUCUAUGUCUUCGGGGGCUUUGAUGGCAGUGGCCACACCAACCAGAUGUAUUGUGUGGAUCUGGACGAUGGAGAGUUUGUCUGGAAGAGGAUGACGGAUGCAGAGGGAACUCCUCCCUCUCCCAGGGACAAGCACUCCUGCUGGGUAUACCAAGAGAGAAUCAUCUACUUUGGUGGAUAUGGGUGCAAGACGGUGCGGGAGAUCAACAAUGUCAAGAACUUCACAGUAGACCACACAUCCUGGGCCACCAUAGGCACGGUGAUCUUCAGGUUCUGGGGCUGGAAUAAUGAGGUCCACAUGUUUGAGCCUGAGACGAACACCUGGUCCGAGCCGCCGACACAGGGUGUACCCCCAUCUCCGAGAGCUUCCCAUGCCAGUGUUGCUGCUGGCAACAAAGGCUACGUGUGCGGGGGCAUGGACUCCACAGACAUGGACCUGCACUGCCUUGAUCUAGACACAUUGACAUGGACCCAAGUAUACUCUACUGUUGGGCCCCUGCCUCUUGGGCGCUCUCUGCACACGCUCACAGCUGUAUCAGAAGAUAAACUCUUCCUGUUUGGCGGUUUGAGUGCAACCGGGCAACCACUGAGUGAUGUGUGGGAGUUUGACACCCGGAGCAGAGAGUGGAGGGAGAGGGGCCACCAACACAGAGACCAGCCCAGGUUGUGGCAUUCAGCUGGGCUGGGAGAAGACGGCGACGUCGUCGUGUUUGGAGGAACCCGAGACUACACCGUGCUUAUGGACUCGGUGGCAGUCCUGAGGGCGCCGUCGCAGAAUCAUUGCUCAGACGUGUUGGUCUUCCAGAUGCAGCCUUACUCCCUUCUCAGGUUAUGUGAGAAUUGCAUAGGACAAAAUGCAGCUCUUCUGACCGAACAGGUGUCAUGGUUACCACGGAAACUCAAGGCCAGCAUUCUAAAGAGGAUCUCGUACUACAGUGCAAACGCUGAAGAGCAGAAACGAUCCCUCUAAUGGACACUUUUGGUGAACGGCUCUGGCACAAAUUACAGCACUUUAGUUUGUCUUUCUAUUUUGUAAAGUCUCUUUUACUGUUUCAUUUUUUAAACUUUGUUUAACUCUUUUUGUCAUUUUAAAGGAACACUUCUGUUCAAUGUAUCGCGUAUGCUAACAGGAAAUUGCAAUUUAGCUGCACAUGAGAACACUGCCGGAAUGGUUUGACUGUUAACGCACACCAUGAUAUUGUUUUUUUUUGAAACUGGAUAAAACAUUUAAAUAAAGAUAUUUUCUAUAUAA